UCGAAAUACGAAUACGGUAUCUGUCCGACAGAUUUUGAUUUCUGUCGACAUUUUAAUUUUUGAUUGUCGGUUUUUUGAUUUGUAUUUUGUAAUUUUUGUUUACAAACUUUAUUCUUUUAUACUUUGCUUAGGUAUAAUAAUUUAAAUUAUCUUAAAUAAUUAUAUUUCAAAAUUUAAACUUCGUAUUUUACUAAGUAAAUAAUUGAACAUCUCUCUGUGACAAAAAUUCUAUAAAAUGGCUGCAGUAGCAAAUAAACCUAAAUCUGAAAUGACCCCCGAAGAGUUGGCAAAACGCGAGGAAGAAGAAUUCACUACAGGUCCUAUGUCUGUCCUGACUCAAUCUGUCCGUAACAAUACUCAGGUGCUGAUCAAUUGUCGUAAUAAUAGAAAACUUUUGGCAAGAAUCAAAGCUUUUGAUCGACAUUGUAAUAUGGUGUUAGAAAAUGUACGAGAAAUGUGGACUGAGUUACCUAAGACUGGCAAGGGCAAGAAAAAGGCAAAGGCAGUUAGUCGUGAUAAGUAUAUUUCAAAAAUGUUUCUACGUGGUGAUUCAGUAAUUUUAGUUGUUAAGAACCCUAAAGAAGCUGUUCGUCAACAACCACCAGCUCCUUGAAAUAUAUAUUCCACUUUGUAAGAACUAGAUUUAAGCAAAUUUCCAUAAAAAGUGUAUAUAUUGAUUA